AUGGGUUCAACUAAGAAUAAUAGUAGAAAUAGUUCGGGUGAGUCGCAUAAAAGGUUGGAAAACAAGAUUAAUGAUGGUCGAAUAAAAAAAAAAUCAGGAUGCGAAACAUACGGAGGAUCCAUGUUGAGACAAUCUCAUAAGAAAGAAAGAAGAUGGGUUAGACUCAGAAAAAUAACAAAUGAAAAAUAUACCGUUUCAGAAGAUUUGUUAGAUCAAUAUGAGAAUUUAUAUGGGAAGCCUGAUCAAUUAUAUCUUCAAAAUUUUGAAAGUUUUCCUACGCCGGGGAGUUCCAGAAUAAGUAGUAUUGAACAAUCAUAUCCUGAGUCUACACCAAAUGAUAAGGAUGUAAAGUAUAGUAUACCUUCAAGCUCCUUCGCUCCAAAACCGAAGAGACCCUUUUCAACAGCAUACUUUCCAAUAUAUUCAAAUUCAGCUAUUCCUUCAUCUCCAGCUUUUUUAAAAAAGCCAAGUCCACCUCCUCCACCGUUGUUCAAGACCACAAAAGAGGUAUUCUGCUAUACAUAUUAUAAUACGAAGUCACAUGAACAAAAAAAUUCAUUCGAACCUCUUGACCCUCACAUAUACAAUGAAUCAAAUUCGUGGAUAAUAAAUAAAUCCAAGGUAGACGUACCAGCGCUCGUACGGGAAAGUCAAGUAUUAGAACUACAACAAACAUCAUGUUGGUUUUAUCACAAUUUUAAAACGGGGGAUAAUAAAAGAUCGUUUGAACAACUUGCAAAAACUGAAGACGAAUAUGAAUGGUGUGAACCUAUUGAGAUAAAGCAAUUUGUACCCUUUCCGAAUGAAUUUUCGUUAGAUACUGAAUUUAAAAAGAUUGAAGAUACUAUACUAAAGACACCUGAAGAAAAUGAAAAGGUAGUAGAGAAGAAGGAGCCAGAGUUUGCAACCGAAGAAGAGAUUCAAGAAGAACAGAUGUGCCUUGAGGAGGUUGAAGAGAAGGGUGCACAAGAUGCGAUUAAGUAUAUCAAGGAGAAGAAUAGGAAAGAGGAUAAUCUGAUAGCUUAUAUAUGUCGUGAACUAUCACUGAAAUCACCACGAAAUUUUGAUAAGUUUUCAACUAAUAAAAGAAAAUCCGCCAAGAAACGUUUACAGGAUUGGGUUCAAUAUGAUGCGUACCCAUCAUUGACAUUAGAACAAGCCGAGAAACUUGUUGUCAUGUUGAAUACGGGCAGUAAAGUUCUCGUGAAUGGAGAUAAAGUUUCAGUGUGCGGUAAUGAUCUUGUCACUCUGAAAAAACGAGGUUGGUUAAAUGAUGAAGUGAUAAAUUUUUACGUCGAGCUGAUCGUCAAACGUGCUGCUAACGAACCGGGAAAAUAUCCCAAAGUACACAUGUUUAAUACUUUCUUCUAUCCAUUGUUGGAGAAAAAAGGGUAUUCAGGUGUAGCAAAGAUCACAAAAAGAGCUAAGGUUGAUAUAUUUUCUCUUGACAUGGUACUUGUUCCUAUUCAUUUGCAAAUUCAUUGGGCUUUGGCGGUCAUCAACUUCAAAGAACGUCGAUUAGAAUAUUAUGAUUCCAUGAGUAAAGGAUGCAAUGAACAUAUAUUGUCAUCAUUGAAAAGGUACGUUGAGGAAGAGUACAAAGACAAAAAGAAGGCGUCAUGCUACGACAUGAGCGACUGGAGCUACUAUAGAGCGAAUAAUUUACCACAGCAAAAUAAUGCAUAUGAUUGUGGCGUGUUCGCGAUGACCUUUGCCGAACACAUCAGCAGAGGCGCAUCAGUGCUCUUUGUCCCACCCAAACACAUGAAAUAUUUUCGGUUGAAGAUGAUGUGGGAGAUAGUCAAUUCAAAAUUGUUGCCUGUUGAUCAGCAGCAACAUUUCGUGAAUAAUCAACAUAAUGGGUUUUCAGAACCA